CCAGGCAAGGAAUGAGGAAAGUUCAUGUCCCAAACAGCAGCCACUGCGCCGAAGUCUUCCCCUUCGGCACCGGAAACCUUUCAGGGCACCUCCCUGCAGUUUCGGAACUCUCUCUCUCUCCCCUGCGCGCGCGCAUAGAUACUUGAAUUGGACAACUGGGUGCUGUCUCAGUUCUCAGCUUCAAUCGCGGGAUGUCCUGUUUCGUUUUCAAGCUCGACGUAUCAUCCUGUUACUUGGUUCGUGUGCUUUCACUUCUUUUUCCGAAUCUAUGAGGCAUGAUUCAGUGGUGGGAAAGCUCCGUCUUUGUCAAGGAGUUCGGAAGAAAGGAGCUUCAUUUUGAUCACUCGGCGACUUCGAGCUAUUCAUGGGUGUAUAUUUACGUAGGAAUGCUCGUUUAACCGGUUACUAUUUGCUUCGUUAUUCCGCAGUUCUACGAAAAAAGCCGCCAUUUAGAUCGCAUUACGUGGUUUCUUCGGCCGCGCUGGUGGAGGACCAUGUAUUUAAUGAAAUUCCAGAGGUUGAGACUUGGAAACCUGCUGUGACGUAUAGGCACGAAGGUAGAAGCCAUGUGUUUGAUGAAACUCCAGACGUUGAGACUUGGAAACCUGCUGUGACGAAUAGGUAUAGGUGCGAAGAUAGAAGCCAUGUGUUUGAUGAAAAUCCAGAGUUUGAGACUUGGAAACCUGCUGUGAGGCAUACGCACGAAGAGAGAAGUAAGCACAGGUUGUUCUCUUUGCUCGGUAAGGUGCUAAAGUCUUUAAAUUGGAAGGUGGCCUGGAGAAUUAGAUUCCAGAGAAUUGUAAACGAGCAUGAGUUUGAAGUUUCCAUUGAUGUCCUUAGGACGAUGGUUCAUGUCUUUGCGGUCGCAGGCAUGCGGCUUGAAGUUUAUGCCUUGCUGAGAGAUAUGGUUUGCUAUUUGAAGGAGUUGAAUGUGGACAUGUUAGAAUUGACCGACUUUCUGCUUGAGAGGCCAGCUGAUGUGGUUGGAUUGGCUGUUAUUUAUAAUGUGCUGAUAAAGGUCUUUGCAGCCAAUUCAAUGCUUAAAAAUGCCGAAGAUCUGUUUUGGAAGGGUACAGAAAUUGAGCUCGAGCCCGAUGUCUACUCGACCAACUUCUUACUCAAAUGCUCAGUUGAAGCAGAUAGAGAGGUCUUUGCUAAAGAUUUAUUUGACAUCAUGAAAUAUCGUGGGCCAGCACCUAAUGCGAGGACGUAUACAAUCAUGCUGAACUAUUUUUCUAAACUAAAUCUUAGUGCAGAUGAAUUUCUCAGCCAAGCUUCGGCAAUCCUGGAAGAUAUGGAGAAAAAAGGGAUAAGCUGCACUGUUGUAACAUAUGGUACACUCAUACGUGGACUUUGUCAAGUUGGUGCCAUUGGGGAUGCUUUGGGUUUGAUACAGAAAUUUCAGAAGGAGGACCGACCUUUAAAUUGUUAUUGUUUUAAUGCCAUUAUUUAUGGUUUUUGCCAGAAAGGCCAGUUGUCAGAGGCACUGGAAGUACUGGAGGAGAUGCAGAACUAUGGUGUAUUUCCAGAUGUCUAUAGCUAUAGCAUUUUGAUUGAUGGGUUCUGCAAGAAGGGGGAUGUUGAGAAAAGUCUAAGUCUGUUUCACGAGAUGGAAGUUUUCAACAUUAGACCUACAAUAGUUAGCUAUAGCUCACUUUGUCAUGGUCUAUGUAACGCAGGUUUGAUGGAAUUGUCACAUGGUUUUUUCCGAGAAAGUGGUUAUCGUGGCAUUGAGUAUGACAAUAUUGCUUAUGAUAUCUUAAUUGAUGGUUUCCUAAAUCAGGGUCAUGUCAGUUCUGCCAACAGACUUUUUCAAGAGAUGAUUAAUCAUAAUGUUCAUCCCUGUGCUUCCACCUUUACAAAUAUGAUUAGCGGAUUUUGCCAAUAUUGCAGAGAAGGAAAUUCUGAGGAAGCUUUGAAACUAGACCAGGACAUAUUUCGCACCUCUUCUGUGUUUACUACGGUUAUAAACAGACUCUGCAAGGAGGGAAAACCAGAAAAAGCAUGGGAGCUCCUCGCUCCAAUGCUUAAGAAAAAUAUUUUCCCGGAUGUUGUUAUGUGUAGUAUUCUUAUGCAUGGUUUUGCAAAAAGCUCAAAGUUGGAAGUAGCACGAAAGUUGUAUGGGAAAAUGCUAAAAGCUGGGAUCAUGCCUGACGUGGUCAUGAAUACUAUUCUUAUUGACAUUUUGUUUCGCGAGAAACAAAAGGUUGAGGCUUUGAAGUUGUUCAUGUAUAUGAUAGACGAGGGUUUGCUUCCCGAUACUAGAUGCUACACAUCUAUCAUAGCUGGCUUCUGUAGACUUGGAGACAUGAGGACGGCUUGGGCGUUAUUCAGUAAAAUGUCAAGGAAAAAAGUUCGUCCUAGCGUUUUUACUUUUAAAUGUCUGAUUGAUGGAUUCUCCAAGCAAGGACGCAUGGACUUGGCUGGGCAGGUGUUUCUUGAGAUGAAAACACAAGGAGUUGAUCCUGAUGCGAACAUACAAGUCCUUGUAGCUGCCUAUCACAGAACUGGCAAUAUGAAGGAAAAGGAAGAGAUGCUUCUUGAAAUGCAGAAGAAUGGGUUAGAAACUGUGGAGAGGAUGCGAGAGUGAUUUGAUAGGCACCAGAAGCAAGGUGAGACUGCUAUGUAAUGAACAUGUCAGAUGUAUAUUUGCCAGUCACUCAAAAAAUCCAUGUUCACCAGUUAUUUGGGGACUGAAAGAAUGAGAAUAGUCUGUUGACCAGAAGCAUAGCAGGCAAGGUUCAGAGCUGGUGGUUCUCUUUAACUUUCCAGUUUUGACAGGGCUACUAUAAUAAUGGUAAAAGCUAGAAAGUCCUUGUUGAAGCACCUGAACAUGUCCAGCUGUCCCAAUAAUUUCUUUGGACCUUAGUUUCCAUGGAAACUGCUGUCAUUGCCAAAAAGAAUUGAUCCAUCGGACAGCUUGGUUUAGAAGUUCAUCGUGUUCAAUGCUGAUACCUCUAAUAUUGCAGGUAUAGCCGAGGAAGAGGAACCAUCUAGCAUCCUUUUAGAGGUGAUGCAUUUGGAAGCAGGAUCCUGACGUGCAGAUGUGCUGUUUCUAAAAAUGGCCUUUCGUUGUUUGCUGGUCUGCCUCCAAAGACAUGCCACGCUUGAAGUUGAAUACAUAUCUACUAUAGACGAAAAUGAGUAUGUACGAUCUGCUUGAUUUAACAGGAGAUGCCGAUAUCAUAUGGAAGGCUCGUGAUAGACAUCUCAAGCUCUUCUUUCAACAGAAGGAUUGCUUCACAGU